CCUUCCGUCAAUCCGGUGAUCAAGCCGUCCGACCUGCCGUCCUGGGACGGCAAUAAGGAUCGGGCCAUAUCGUACUUUGGAGCGAUUGUAGAACUAGCGCGUAAUGGAGGACAUUUGCCACGAGCUCUGGGUGAAUGGCUGUGGACUCGGUUGACCCCUUUUUCUUCGGUGCACCAGUGGUAUCUCUCUCAGAGUGAGGCUCGUCGAGACCACAUGAGAUUGAGCUAUCGUAACUACAUCGACACGAUCUGCGACCACUACUUGGGCCCCGCCUGGGUGGAGGACCUAGACACCACCUUCAUGACGCAGCGGUUCCGAGACGCGCGACAUCCGAAAGAGUCACCACAAGACUACCUCUACCGUCGCAUCCAGUUGUCGAGGAUCCUGGGAUACGCAGAAGAGGAUUCGUUGGCCGAGGCUCGGCUCCUCAUGAGCAAGGCUCCGAAAGGGUGGAAGUUGGUCCUCACCUUUUCUACGGUGAGGUCGACGGACGAGCUCUCGGGGCGUAUCAUUGAAUUCUCGAGUGAUCUCCUCGACGUCUGGAGAAAGAACCGAGCAGCAGAGGCGGAA